CUCCGCCCGAUUGCGUUGCGACGAGGUGACUUCCAUCCAGUCACAACGCUGACCGUCUGUUACGUUAGUCUAUCAAGUCUCGUUGCGCAGACAAGCACAGUCGCAGUCCGGCCACAAUAAAGUGCACUAUGAUGCAUUAGUCCUGAUACAGAUUACUGUACUUAUUCUGCACAACCAAUAUACGAAUCCCUUGCGUUGGUUCAAGUGCUUCCAGUGAAAGUCAGCAUCCAUAAUCCGAAAGGCAACCAGUUGCAUCAAGAAAAUUUUUCCCGUCAGUUAAUGUUGCCUAUCCGAACAUCGCUUUUCUCCAGACUUUGGUGGCUAGUGUUACUGCAGCUUUUAUUUAUUCUGAGACAAAACGUUUUGUUGAAAGAAGAACAAACAACGGCUAACUAUUGCAUCACACGUCUUCGCUAAUCUCGUUUGCAAAGCUGUGAAUUGGAAUUAUUGGAUCAUUGCCAGCACAUUCUGCAGGUGCAUCAUUACGAUCGGUUGCGUGAUUCUCAGGAACGGGAAUAAUCUGAUUUCCUGAUAAGCAAAAAAUGUCACGCAACAGCAACGCGCGCACGUCAAGUUGGCUAGAUAAGGCGGCAGCCAAACCUGAACCUUUGGAGGACAUGGAUGCGCCGUUGGACUUCUCCAGCAAGAAGCGACGCUCACCCGACAUUGCCGAUGACACCGCCAGCGAGGGAGGCGCCAGCAGCACAUCGUCUUGUCACCGCGCCGAAUCACCACCGGCAUCCAUGGUAUCCGCCAGCGGCGCGAUGAACCCUUUGCUGCGUUUCAACGGGAUGGGCAACUACUUCGCCAACGUCAGCAGCCAUGGUAUGCCUAACUUUCCCUUUGCCCAAAACCUAACGGAACCGCGCGCCAAGGGCGGUAAUAAACCGGUGCGCCCGUUCAAAGCCUACCCGCGCGAUCCUCUGUCGCUGCCCCUUGGAUUGUACGGUCUGCCGAUGAAUCUCGGUCUGACGCCGGCCGGCAUGCUGGAAUCCCUCUCACCGGAUCUUUUUAACGGGUCAAAAGAUAUGUUCGCCCAGUAUAAAAUUGGACCAGGAGCACAGAAAAAAUCCCCACCGAGCGAUCCGCACGCCGCUACGACCCCACCCACCACAAAAUCGCGAAAGGUCAAACACACGGAUACACUCGUGACGUCAUCGGUGAAGGUAUCCAAGAACGACAAUCAUCCUUCGCCCUCUUCCAUGGUCUCCGGAUCGCCUAACGCCACCGUAGACUCCACAGCGUCCACUACCGCCUCGUCGCCCUUGCGCAACGGGAAGGAGGACAGUGAAGAGAAAACCCCGGAGCCGGGAUCGGAAGAAGAUGGAAAGGGCAAGAAACGAGCGCGCUCCGUGCCGGAUGAUAAUAAAGACGAUGCGUAUUGGGAGCGCCGACGGAAGAAUAACGAAGCGGCUAAAAGGUCACGGGAUGCCCGCCGGGCUAAGGAGGACAAUAUCGCACUGCGCGCGGCCUUUCUGGAGCAGGAAAAUAUGCGAUUGCGUAUGCAAGUCACGGCUAUGAAGAGCGAGAUUGAUAAGCUGCAUUGUAUGCUUGUCACUUAAUAACGCUUCCUUGUGUUUUAAUCCGUUUAUGCAGCUAACGCCUCAUGUAGCAGCGCAGAAUGCGUUAUGGUGGUUUAUUGGUUGCCUAUCCCAGUUCUACUCCAGAUACUAGAUUAGCCUGGCCGUUCAAUGGGUAGUAUUUGGAAAUUUUUAGAAAGUUUAGAUCGCUUACAUAAUGUUAUCACAUAUGCGUGGAGGUAUGAAUCUCGCGAUUUUUUGGCUCUUAUAAGUACUUUUAUUCUUAGCUCUCAAAGUGGCAUUCAUGACCUGAAUGAAUUGCUCA